AUGACUUCCCCACGGUGGGAUGAUCCCGCUGCGACUCUGGGUGGACUAAAGUCAUGGUGGUCGGCGUUCAGUGUGCGCGGAGCGGUCUCACCUCGUGAAGAGCGUCUUGAGAUCAACCCGGACUCCAUCUUUGGUGCACCGCUUCACCAUGUACUAAAACACUCGAGUGUCGCUAUUAGCUUAAUGAAAGAGGACGGUGAGCCCUAUGUUUGGGGUUAUAUUCCCUCUCCCGUCGCCAAGAUUGGAUUGCAUUUAAAGCAACAUGCGCUUGAAACAGAAGGCGUAUUCCGUGUUGGCGGGUCCGAAAAGCGUAUGCGCGAGCUGCAAGAUUUGCUCGAUGCACCGCCUAGUUAUGGGAAGUCGCUAGACUGGUCCGUCUACACAGUGCACGAUGCCGCUGGUGUAUUACGUCGGUACUUGAACAUGAUGCCAGAACCUAUUGUUCCAAGGAACCAGUUUAAGAAGUUCUGUCGCGUACUGGCAAAGUUGGAUCUUGAUACAGAUACCAAAAUCGAAAAGUUCCGCGUUCUCAUCAAAGCGUGCCCUCAGGCCAAUCAAUACCUGAUGUUGUAUAUCCUGGAUUUGUUGGCUAUGUUCGAGCGCAAAUCUGCUACGAACAAGAUGACAGCUCAAAAUUUGGCAAUUGUGUUCCAACCAGCCAUAUUGAAUCACCCUAGCAUUUCGUCCAAGGAUGAUCAUAUGCUAGCAGUCAAUGUUAUUGAGUUUUUGAUUGAGCACCAGGACCACUUUGUCUUGGCUCUAUCGACUCCACCUCCCAAAGAUGUUUCGCCUGAGGACCUGACAACCAAGAUUUCUUCCGAAGUUGAAAGCUACAUCAUUAUCCCGUCAGAUUCCGAUGAGGAGGUCGAUGAGUACCAUGUCCAUCUGGGCGGUGGCUCUUUAUUGGCACAAACGCCUACGCCCGCUACAUCAAAUGGCUUCUUUUCACGAAUCGAACGCCGCAAACGGGCCGAUCGGCAGCCUGUGGUCCAUACGGAAGAGCUUAACCCUCAGACUUUGAUUCCUGAGAAAUACCGCGAGUCUCCGACCAAGAACCAGCGUUUUAUCCGAAAUGAAAACCGUGGUCGCUCUCUUUCUCAGUCCGACGAGCAAGCGGGUGAGAAGGUAUCUGCGAAUGCACUCAAGGAUGAUGUUCGCAAGGGGAAGGCUCAUGGUCCUUUUGAGAACUUGAAUAUUUUUUCGCGGCCCAAAUUGCAGAAACGUUCUGCAUCAGCUACCAAUGUGUCACAAGAAACGUCCGCUUCGACGUCUGCCUCAGAUACCCUUUACCCUAUCUCAUCUUCUACAGGCGCCAGCCCUACAAACACCAGGCCAAUACGAGGUUGGAGCGAUAGCGCAUCGCAACCCAUUUUCCAAGUGGAAAAGGCUACGGCGCAAGACGUUCAACCGUCAUCAAGCUCCUCUCAUCCACCUACACCUCCUGUGAAGGCACCUAUGAGCUGGGCGCGCAAUGAUACGAGCACGGGAGGCAUGACCCAUAGUGGUCCUACUGCCCUGGCAUCGUCGCCUCGGACUUUAGCGCCCAUUGCUACAAUGCCGACGCCUUCAUCUUCUCGCAGCAUCUCUACAUCUGGGACAUCACGGCAAGAGGAGCAGCCGUUUUAUUACCUGCAGAACCCACGUUUGGAUACGUUGGGUCCAGUGAAGCAGCCUUUGGAAAAUAUACCUAUGGGUAUUCCCGCCUCCAAAGACAUGCAUAGUCUCCCGACACCUGUGUCUGUCCAAGUGACGCCUGCCAGUGCAGACACCACGCCAACAGCGGACCAGGAAAACAAAGGGUACAAUCUUAAUACAAAGCCGGCAGCUGAUUCUGUGGAAUCUUCGUCGACGGCCCUUCGUCGCGGGACACCUGAACUCAAACACGCGAAAGUUGUCCUUACGAUUUCAGCUCGCACGUAA